UCUGGAUUCAUAGCUCUAUGCUGUAACCACUAGGCCACUGCUCUCUCCAUAAGAUGUUCUGACAGGCGGAGCUUUGGGGAAGGCUGAGGGUAAAUCAUGGAGCCCGACUUGGUGCUGGACUAGAAAUGGAUGCCAGAACCUCCCCUCUGACCUUUGUGGGUCGAGUGAAGAUCCAAAGGUUUCAGUCUGAGGGAUCCUUCUGCUCCAGAAUCUGGGUUCUGAUCUGGUUGCUCCUGAUUAGUUCUGUAGGUCUGAUCCUCUACUGUGGAUAAUCUCCCCUCCUCCCCUUCAGCACACCUCCUCUCACAGGUGGCUCCAUGAGGCUCCGCCCCCUGAUCCUGCUCUCUGGAGCUCCUGCAUCCUCACACACACACACAAACCGCUCCACCUGGUCCCUUCAGGAAUGCUGCACCCGCUGGCUGCUGGCUCCGUCUUCUUCCCAGGACUCUUCCUGGUGUCCAAAGGAUUCCUGAAGCGGCUGCUGGGAUGGAGCGAGGAAGAAGCCGUGCUUCUGUCCACACGUCUGGUGUCGUCUCUGCAGGCCGUCAUGGCCUCGUCGGCUGGUUGGAUCAUCGCUUCGUCCUGCAGGGACAUCAUGGAGGACAGACACUGGCUCACAGAGUCCUACAUCCUGUUCGCCACGCCCUACUUCGCCUACGACAUCUUCGCCAUGUUCCUGUGCUACUGGUACAAGCUGCAGGUCAAAGGUCACCAGGAGGCGGUGCCAAACGGCAACUCGCUGCGGGCGGCGCUGUGGGGUUUCAUGCGCAGGGAGGUGCUGAUGGUUCUGCAUCACGUCUUCAUGGUUGCCUUCUGCUGCCCUGCUUCUCUGCUGUGGCGCCGGGGUAAAGGGGAUUACUUCCAGGGAGUCCUGUUCCUGGCUGAACUCAGCACGCCCUCCGUCUGUCUGGGAAAAGUUCUGAUCCAGUAUCAGAAGCAGAACUCAGUGCUGCACAAAGUGAACGGAGUCUUCAUGCUGCUCAGCUUCUUCAGCUGCAGGGUGCUGCUCUUCCCGUACCUCUACUUGGCCUACAGCAGGUACGCCUCCAUCCCUCUGUACCAGGUGCCCCUGGUGGCCCCCUGGCAGUGUAACCUGGGGGCCGCCCUGCUGUGGCCCCUGCAGCUCUACUGGUUCACUCUGAUCUGCAGAGGAGCUCUGAGGCAGUCCAAACGGUACCAGAACCCAGCAGAACCAGCGGACCGCAGCUCCAGGAAGCAGCCAGGUGGACGCUGAAGAAGGACCAGGAGCAGGUGGAAGGUUCUCUACAGGUUCUCUGGAGGUUCUUCAUUUUCAGAAGCGGAGCCUCGUGGCUGAAGAUAAACCUGAACAGAAUAAUCUGCUGCAUCCAAACUGCUGAUCAGCAGAACCAGAACCACAGGGAGGAUGGAGAGGAGCUCCAAACAUCUGACAGACUUUAUGUACGGGACUCAGUCUGCUAGAAUCAUUUGGGUUCUUGGAUCAACCAAUCACAGCUCAUAGAAGGCAGCGUUGCCCCUAGCAACAGGGUGACCCUCAGCCCUCUGAAGAUAAAAGUCCAGUCAGGAAGGUUUGGUCUGAGUCUGGAGGUCCUGAGGUCCCAACUGGAUCCGAACGCUGCUGGAGGUCUGAGGGACGCAGUGUCGCCCCCUGCAGGCAGACCUUAAACCUUCUCAAUAAAACUGAUCUCCAGCUACU